CGCACAUGCUCUGUCUGGCCCUGUGAAUCCUCACUCACCCAUUGAGAUUUCAGUUGGGUUAAAGCAACGUUCCAGCUGCCUAACAAGCUCUUGACCUGCAGCGUUUUCUUGGCCCAGAUUCAAGAGCCCUGGAUGCUUUUUGCUGCUCAGAUGGUAAAGGAUGAGACAGGCUACCAUGGAUUUCAACGCCUCUCCUAUGUUUGAUCAACAGAAAGGUGACUCAUCUGAGGAAGUCGACCUGACCAUGGUGUAUCAGGCAGCAUCUAAUGGAGAUGUCAACGCUCUGACGGCUGUGAUUCGAGAAGAUCCUUCCAUCCUAGAAUGCUGUGACAGCGAAGGAUGUACACCUUUGAUGCAUGCAGUUUCUGGACGUCAAGUGGAUACAGUGAAGCUGCUGUUGAAGAUGGGUGCCAACAUUAACACGCAGGAUGCAUAUGGCCGCACGAGUUUAUGCCUGGCAACCUACCUGGGUUGGCUUGAAGGCUGUGUGAGUCUGCUCAGAAACGGUGCCAAGCACAACAUCCCAGAUAAAAAUGGCCGUCUGCCACUGCAUGCUGCCACUGCGGACCCUGAUGUGAGGCUCCUCACAGUCCUGCUGCAGCAGUCCAACCUCAGUGAAAUCAACCACCAGGAUACAGAAGGAAUGACACCACUCCAUUGGGCAGCUUUCCACAACCGGCCCCAACACACCCAAAUGCUGUUGAAGAAGGGGGCAGAUCCUACUCUGGUGGACAAGGACUUUAAAACAGCUCUCCACUGGGCAGUCCAGAGUGGAAAUAGAAUCCUGUGCUCCAUCAUUCUGAGCCACCAGCAGGGCCCAUCCAUUAUCAACUGUGAUGAUGAGAGUGGGAAGACGUGUGUACACAUUGCAGCCGCUGCGGGUUUUGGCGACAUUAUUAACGAACUGGCAAAAGUCCCUGAGUGUAACCUGCAGGCUCUGGAUGUGGAUGACAGGACACCCCUGCACUGGGCUGCAGCUGCUGGAAAGGCAGAAUGUGUCCAGUCUCUGCUGGACUUGGGUAUGGACAGCAACCUACGGGACAUCAAUGAGAGCACGCCCCUGGCCUAUGCCCUGUACUGUGGCCACACAGCCUGUGUCAAGCUCCUCUCACAAAAGAGCAGAGUUGAGCCUGCUCAACCUCUUCCUCCACAAAACAGUCGACCCCAAAAGAAGGAAGGGCGAUUCAGCAUGCUCAACCAAAUCUUCUGCAAAAACAAGAAAGAAGAGCAGAAAGCCCCUCAGAAGGACCACAGCAGGGACAGGCACAAGGGGGAGGACACCUCGGAAGUCAGUAACAUCAUCACCACCUUUGACAGUGUUACCAACUGCCAAGAGCAGCCUGGUGGCAAGGUGGCUAUGGUUGUCUUUAAGAAGAGGACCUCAGAGAAUUCAAAGUAUCUCUUGCCAGAAAAGAAACCCCUGGCCUGGAAGGGGCUUCCACCAAUCAGAACACAGAGUCUCCCACCCAUCACCCUGGGUAAUAACUUCCUGACAGCCUCCCAUGGAACCACUUCUCAUGCUGGCCUAAGCUCUGGCCCUCAACAUACUGCCCAACGUUCUCAGAAAAGUCGAAGUGAACAGGACUUAUUAAAUAAUAGGACUGGCUGCCAGGUGCCAUUAGAUAAUCCCUGGAAGGGUGACACUAAUCAGGUGUUCUCCUGCAAAGCUUGGACUGUGUCUUCUUCUGAUAAGCUGCUAGACAGGCUGUUCGCUGGCCAGCCUGGUCACCAGGAACUCUCUGGGCCACCACAUCUUCCUCAUAUACACAACCCCUCACCAGGACAAAAUCUUCAGCAUCUCUCCCCAAACAGACCCAAAAUCAGAGAUCUUCCCUUCACUCGGAACAGCCUUGCUCCCCUGCCAGAUCAAAAAUUUCUAUCUGGAGAACCCCUGAGAACAAACCGAGUUCUUCCAGCCAUUCCAAGCCAGCGUGGACAUGGCCCACCUGCUGAAGAGAUUGAGAGGUCUGCCAAUCCCACCCAAGAUGCAAACUAACUACAUCUGCUCUCUGUGGAAAUAUAGAAGAUAUUUAUUUUUCAACUCUGAGGGUGAGAUUAUUCUAGUUUAUAUGAACAAAGACUUAAUUUAGUAAGCUGCAUUCUACAAGCCAUUCACAGUUUUAUAAUGAGAUUCCUUAGUCCAAAUAAAUAAACACUUAGAAUAUUUGAGAGUGCAGAUAUUACUAAGGCUGUGGGUUCUUGUGACCCUCCCCCCCACCCCCUACACACACCAUAAUUUAAAAACAAAAUAUAUUAUUGGCAAGAGAAUUUAGGUGUAUUUCAUUUGUUUUUGUGGCAUGUUUGCUCUUUUG